AUGGUUAGAAAAGCUGGCCGUAAUGGCGUCUUGGACAAAUCUGCUGGCAGUCUCUGCGCUGUCAAUGCAGGGUCUCGUACUGAGGGACCUCACAGCGAGACGAGUGACACGGACCGUCACAGAGAGGGGAAAUUCGGGAGCUUUUUGCCAAGGCUUGACGGCUUCAUUUUCGUGGUAGCUCCUGACGGCAAAAUCAUGUACAUAUCGGAAACGGCCUCUGUUCAUCUGGGUCUGUCUCAAGUGGAGCUUACCGGUGGCAGCAUCUACGAGUACAUCCACCCGGCUGACCACGACGAGAUGACCGCUCUGCUCACUGUACAUCACCCCUACCACACGCAUAUUCUUCAAGAUGUAGAGAUCGAGAGAUCUUUCUUCUUGAGGAUGAAAUGUGUUCUUGCCAAGAGAAAUGCAGGGCUGACCUCAGGAGGUUACAAGGUAAUCCAUUGUAGCGGUUACCUGAAGAUCAAGCAGUACACAAUGGACAUCGCUCCGUAUGAUGGCUGUUACCAGAACGUGGGGCUUGUGGCUGUGGGUCACUCCCUUCCCCCGUCAGCCAUCACCGAGAUCAAGAUGUUCAACAAUAUGUUCAUGUUCAGAGCUUCUCUGGAUCUCAAGCUCAUCUUUCUAGAUACAAGGGUGGCCGCACUAACAGGGUAUGAGCCCCAGGAUCUGAUCGAGAAGACACUCUACCACUACAUCCACGCGUGUGACAUUCUGCACAUGAGAUAUGCACACCACACGUUGCUGUUGAAAGGCCAAGUGACGACCCGUUAUUACCGGUUCAUGGCUAAAGAUGGCGGCUGGGUGUGGAUGCAGAGCUAUGCGACCAUCGUGCACAACUCUCGGUCUAGUCGACCUCACUGUAUCGUGAGCGUGAACUAUGUGCUCAGCGAGGUGAUCAACAAGGAUGCUCAGAUUCAGAUCGAGCAGACAAUGUCCUCCAAGGAUCUAUCUCCUUACUCAGCCAUGAAGAGCAACAACAGCAACGGCAGCUCUGGCAACAACAGUGGUGGCAACAGCAGCGGGUCUGGCGGCAAAUCUCGGCCGGCCCGCACCAAGUCACGCCGUUCGCCGUAUCCACAAGUCUCGCAGGAGACAGCCGUUGUCGAUUACCCACCUGAGUACUCGAUGGACAAAACGACGUCACUCGAAUACUGCCCUCCCGAAGUGGCGUCUGUUCCCAUGCAGACUUACGCGAAUAUGAUGUACUCGACCACUCCAGAGGCAGUCGGAAUGGAUCGAUACAGCGCUCUGUACUCAACGCCGUACCCUCACCCCGGUAUGGCCAUGUAUCGAGACGCUGCUUGUGUGUACUCGCCGUAUCAAGCGGCUGCAACAGCGCACGCAGCACAUCAACGAUACUUAGAUAACCGAAGCCCGUAUCGGUCUUACGAAGAGCGAUACUACCCGGCAAGAGACCCUGCCGCCUACCCGGGGUACCUGUCCUCUAACGCGGCCAUUCAGAGUGCUGCAGCCGCUACGACGUCACGCCUGACACAUAUUGGCGACCCAGCGGGCGGAAGUAAUACGGUUAUGCCACAGUACGACUUCCGGGGUGUGGCUUCCACAACAAUGGGCGGUCUCGGGUCGAGCGAAGGAGGAACUGGCGUUGUCAGCGGGGAUGGUGGUGGCAGCCUCACUGCUAACAGCACUGGGGGAGGUGGUAGUGGUGGGGGUGGGAGUGCUGGUAAUGGAGGUGCUGGGUCCUUGGGAAUUUCUACUGGUGGAUUAGGUAUCACUCCCAUGAACACCACAGCAUGUUCUCGGAGCAGCUCUAGAGACGCCCCACCAUUUCCUAUCACACACUACCCAGGCCCCUACAGCAACCGAUCUGAAUCCUCCGCUUCUGACGUCGAUGUCGGGAACGAAGAAUUCACGGACAAAUCGCGGUCACAGCAGAAGCAUCAGCAUAAGCAUCAACACCAGCAGAACGGCCAAACUCCUUCGUACGGGCUAAAAACCGCAGGGCAUUCAGAGACGUCUUCUGUUGGUGGACUCGCUGCUGCUCGAAGCACUUCUAGAGGAAGCGGUGGCGGUACGGGUGGAGGAGGUGGAGGUGGUGGGGGAGGGGUGAAUGAGGGUAACAGUGUUGGAAAGAGUGGGGGAAAUACUGGUGGCAGCGGUGGUGGUGGAAGUAACAGUACACUGGCCAGAGUGGGGAAACUGGACAAUGCUGGACAGCGCAACGGUUUGAAGGAGGGUGCGUUCCCUAAACAAGGGGACCAGGGUUUGCAGACCUUAUCCCCACCCCAGAGAGAAUCGUGUAUUCAACAGUCAGUGAUUAUUCGUCGCCAGGCAAACCCAGCCUCGACUUCUGUCGCCUCCGACGCCACAAGGACUGCUUCUCCGGAUUACGCGAAGGCAAGCGCAAACACUAUUGCUAACACUGGUGCUAUAAAGUCAUCGUCGUCAUCAUCAUCGUCUACUUCGUCGUCAUCAUCUUUAUCUUCGUCCAACGUAUCAAUCCUGCCUCAUCCGCCUGUUCCGCAAUGCACCUCUUCAUCAUCAUCUUCUUCCUCCUCUGUGUCGGGUCUGGCGGCUGAUUCGUCUUUGAUACUUUCUUCAUCUGCCUCGUCGACCACCGCUACUGUCCAUCAUCACAACCAUCAGCAGUCUCAACACCAGCAUCAGCAGCAUAGCAACCUCCAUCAGCACCACCAUCACCAACAUCAACACCAAACUCAUCAACACCUUCAAAACAACAACAGCAACAACAGUGGGAAUAAUGGUGGUAGUCAGGACUGUAACGGACUGACGAGCCACCAACAUCAACAUCAACAUCAGCAUCAGCAUCAACAUCACCACCACCACCAACAGCAACAGCAACAGCAACAGCAUCAGCAUCACCCACAUCACCAGCAGGCACACCAGCAACAGCAGCAGCAACAACAGCACCACAACCACAACAAUCACAUGAACGAUGCCCUCAGAAAGACCCCCUCUUCAUCGGCAGAUAUUGCCUCGCUAACCACGCCACUCACCCACAGUAUGGAUCUCCCUUUGCCGGGUGACGCGUCCACUCACAACGGAGACAAACUCUACGAAAUAAGCUCAGGUUCUCUGGACGCCAGUAAACUCUAUGACUUGCCCAACACCGCCUCGUCCUCAACGAACGCGGACAAGCUUUAUGAGACCUCACCGGUCAACAAGUAUUACGAUGCAAACGCCGGCCUCGGCAAACUCUACGACAUGUCGCCCAACUCAAACGCUGCAAGCAAACUUUACGAAAUGUCGACCGUGCACCACUCCGCGAAGACGUUUUACGAUAAUAUGACGUCGGCAGCCACGUCACCGAAUAAAUAUUAUGACAUUUCUUCUCCGGCUACUCCCACGAAUAAGUUUUACGACAUGCGUUUCAUGCACGACAAGAACAUGGCGGCAGGAGAAUAUAGUUCAUGUCUGCGGGCGGCUGCUGCGUGCGGGUACGACAAUUAUGGCACAUCGGCCGUGUAUCAGGGGGCGGGGCUUCAAGGCCAGAGGCAGGGCUAUCCCGUUAUGCCCCAAGCCGGAUACACCAGUGUUAUCGUGGAUCCUCAACAGUAUCACGUUGCCAAUGGUUACGCUGUGCACUGAGUUUACGACCAAUAGAUAGGACGAGAGUAUACUGCAGUGCUUGCCAACUAGGGCUUUGACGCCAACUAGUGGGAGAUUUGGUAAUUAUUUUGGUGGCGGUGGAGGUCACUCGGGUCGUGACAGAUAUCUUUUAUAAAUGCCCCGCUUGGAAAUCCAUGCUGGUGGGGGUACGAAAAUGUUAGCCUCGUAAAGAUGGCAAAAGAGGGCGCUGGCUAUAAAAUAGUUGGCAAGCACUGGUAUACAGUAAGGGGGUCUCAUCCAGGCCAAGCUCAUUUUAAAGAUGCAGAAAAUGGCUGUUUGAAUCUGUUUGUCGCUUUAUUUUGAAUAUUAAUAGAAUUUGAGACUAGUCGAAAAGCAUUUAAUACAGUAGGGUGUUUUUUUCAAUUAAACACUUUAAAAAAAAGUCUCAGACAAGUAUCAAUUUGUUUUAACUUAAUCAUAUUUUUCCCCACAACAGUUGAGGCUAGAUUAAAAAGACUUUUCUUCAUGAAUUUAUAUAAGUACUAUAAAUCUCUGUCGUGCGGAAAAUGGGAUUGUUCACAGCACUUCUUGCUUCUCAUACACAUUUCGAAUACGCAUAUGGCCUUCGUCACAGCUCACCUAUGACCCUUUUUAGUGACAAAACAUGUUACAAAAAUUCGUUUUUAUAGUGAAAGCACUUUUUACACUAACGGUUCUCAAAAAAAUGCUUUCAAUAAGCAUAAUGUCGCGACUGGAAAACACAUGACGGACUUGCUUUUAAAAGCGAUAUUUCC